UGACAGUCUGUUUAAAGUUGUCGUUAAGGAAGUAGCGCAAGCCCUUUCUGUCAGAAUUGGGUCAUUUCAGGUUGACUGUCGUUUUCGGCCUGCCGUUCAACCAUGGGCGACUCGGAGCUGGAGUACACCAUCGUCUUUCCCGAUCCCACCGUCUCAGACCUUAAAGAAGACCCCGUGACAAUUCUGUUGGGUUGGGCUGGCUGCCAAGACAAGCAUUUAGCAAAAUACAGCUAUAUCUACAAAAAUCAGGGCUGUGUAGUUCUCAGGUAUCCUACUCCAUGGCAAGAGAUAUUUUUCCCUGGAAUCUUCAGUAAAAAUCUCCAUUACACAGCAAGAAAACUACUAGAUCUUCUGUUUGACAUCGGCAUAGAAGAGCAUCCGAUUUUGUUCCAUGUUUUUAGUAAUGCUGGCAGCAUGCUAUAUUGCCGGAUUGUUGAACUUUUUAACCAACCUGAAACUAAGUAUGCGAAGUUAAAUGUUGUAGGGGCUAUUUUUGAUAGUGCACCUGGAGAUAAGAACUUACUAGGUGGUAUUCGUGCUCUGAAUACAGUUUUGAGACCUUCCAUCAACAUUUUUGCAAGGUGCUUUGCUAUUCUUAUUUUCACAUUGACUGCAUUCUUUCGGGUUUUGUUCUAUCCAGUCACGCGAUUUAUUUCCCUGUCGUUCUAUGAUGCUUUGAAAGCAGAACCUUCAAGAUGGCCUCAACUUUUCUUGUAUUCAAAAGCAGAUGAAAUAAUUUCUUACAAAGAUAUCGAGAGAAUGAUCAAAGCUAGAAAGUUGUUAAAUAUUGAAGUGCAAUCUAUGGAUUUUAUCACUUCACAGCAUGUAAGCCAUUUUAAAAUGUUUCCUGAUAAGUAUUCCAGCAAGUGCAUCAGUUUCUUUAAGAGAUGCAUUCAGCUACAUUUGACUGAUUCUUUAAGAAAGAAUUUAAUGCAAUGAGCAAGUCAUAGCCCAAUGCAGCAAAUAUGUUGUUCCAAUUGGCUUCAGUGCAUUUGGUUUGUGGGUGGGUGGGGGUGUUGGGUUGGCACAAGAGGGAAAGAGAAAGAAAGGAUAUGAUAUUGAUCAGUGUCCUAUACCAGAAUUGUUACUUAACAUUUCCCAUGUUAAUUUUAACAAAUUUAAACAAGCUGCUGAUGCUUUUUGUUUUGAUUCUGAUUUACAAAAGCUAUUUUAUUAAGGUUUUGGAGGCUCUCAGCACCCAGCCAGCUUGUCAGCAUCUUCAAGAAUUGGGUGACAAAGUGAGGUAGACUAAAGUUCUUCACAGUUCUUGUGGUGGACUACAUAUACCUGUCUGGACACGCCCCCCCUCCCCCGCUGACUGCUCCUGUGGCUCCUCCCACUGACCGUGGCUCCUCCCACAGACCCCGGUAGAAAGGCGAUUGGAGACACAGCCCCGGCUUCAAUCUCCAGGAUGUAGUGUGGUGGUCAAUUGCUGCUUGUUCUUUCUUUCAGCCAACAAAACCCUACAUCUCGCCUCACAUCUCCAAGAGUUAUUGAUGGUGCAUCAGUUCUCAACAGCUCUUGGCUCAGAUAUGUCAAUUUAAGAUGGUUUAAUACCACUUCCUGUAGUAAGUGAAAAGUCGAAUGAAAUAAUUGUUACUCUGGAUCCGAUGCAGCACAAAAAAAAAAUCACAAUAAA